AAAUGCCAAAAGAUUUACGCUCAGCUGUUCAUCAAAAUACAAGCAACAAACACAAAAACACUUAAUUUCGAUUUUAUAACAUAGCGCUUUAAUUGAAACAUUCGCUUUCGAGCAUAAAGACAAUUUUUUAAAAGUAAUCAUAAAGUAAUAAAAAGUUCUUGAACAAUUCUUUUUUUGGAAUGACAAAAAUAUAAAAAAUAAAUUUUUUGCUUGUGUUUGAAGCAAAACUUAUACAAUGCGACUGGGAGGCGUUCUUCGAUGUCACCGCGUUAUCCGGCAGCAAUAUGUGCCGCAGCACAAGCCAGUGCUAGAGGACGACAUAAAACGUUUGGAGGACUUUCUGCUGUCGAAGCCAAAUAUAUUGGUCCUAACGGGCGCUGGCAUCUCAACAGAAUCAGGUAUACCCGAUUAUCGUUCGGCUGGCGUUGGGCUUUAUGCGCGCACCAAUCACAAACCGAUUCAGCAUAGUGAGUUCGUUAAGUCGGCCAGUGUGCGUAAACGCUAUUGGGCCCGCAAUUUUGUUGGCUGGCCAAAUUUUUCGAGCACCCAGCCAAAUAGUUCACAUCAUGCGUUGGCCCGCUUCGAGCGGGAGAUUCGCCUGCAAUCUGUGGUCACCCAGAACGUUGAUCGGCUGCACACGAAAGCGGGCACCAAGAGCGUCAUCGAGGUGCACGGCAGUGGCUAUGUGGUGAAAUGUCUGAGCUGCGAUUACCGCUGCGAUCGUCAUGAGUUCCAAAGCAUACUCGCCACACUGAAUCCGAUGUUUAAGGAUGCACCCGAUAUGAUAAGACCCGAUGGCGAUGUUGAGAUUCCCCUCGAUUAUAUUGAGAAUUUCCAUAUACCACCGUGUCCGCAAUGCGGCGGUCAUCUCAAGCCAGAAAUUGUAUUCUUUGGCGAUAGUGUGCCCAAGGAUCGUCUCGAGACCAUAGCCCGAAUGGUGUACACCAGCGAUGGUUUGCUGGUGCUCGGUUCCAGCCUUUUAGUUUUCUCCGGCUAUCGCAUUGUGCUGCAAACCAAGGAUCUUAAGCUGCCGGUGGCCAUUGUCAAUAUUGGUGAGACGCGAGCGGAUCAUUUGGCCGACAUCAAAAUCUCGGCCAAGUGUGGCGAUGUGAUACCCAAACUCUUUGAUUUUAGCAACAGAGAAGCAUAGCAGAGAUUUUUCUAAAUGUAAUUUUGUUUUUAAUUGUAAUAGAAAACUUGUUGACACUUA